AUGUCACAAAACACGCCCACCGAAAAGACAUUCAGCGCCUACAAUAAAGAACAAGGAAAAGCCUACUCUCAAGGCCGUCCUGACUACCAUCCCAAAUUCUACCAAUAUGUCACCGACAUCCAUGCCUCGACCGGCGGCCAAUUCGACACCCUUCUCGAUGUAGGAAGUGGCCCCGGAAAUGCCGCUCGAGCUCUUAGUCCACACUUCGCCCAUGCGAUCGGUCUCGAUCCAUCCGAAGGAAUGGUAGCAACCGCCCGCUCCUUAGCAGGCACGACAGCGACUUCGGAGCCAAUCCGCUUCGAGGUAUCCACAGCCGAACUCCUAGGCACUAGUCUCCCAAGCCCCAUCCAGGAUGGAAGUGUCGAUCUCAUAACGGCCGCCAAUGCAGCGCACUGGUUUGAUAUGAGCCAAUUCUGGUCCACGGCUGCCCGCGUCCUCAAGCCUGGCGGCAGUGUCAUAAUGUGGACUACUGGCAAGACGGGCAUUGAUCCUUCAGUUCCAAAUGCGGAUGCGAUCAAUUCUGCUAUGGAUGAGCUGGAAGAGACGUUACUGAAGCCGUUUAUGGCCCCAGGAAACUUCCUGACGAGGAAUCGGUAUCUUGAUCUUCCUUUGCCUUGGAAUUUGGAUCAUCCUGUGACGGAGUUUGAUGAGAAGGCGUUUAUUCGAAAGGAGUGGGGUACGGAGAAUUUCCUUGCCCAUCAGCCUGAGGUGAGCUUGGAUGUCAUGGAGAAGGUAUUUCAGACUAUGAGUCCUGUUGUUCGGUGGCGGGAGGCUUAUCCCGAUACCGUCGGGACGGAGGAUGAUAUUGUGAAGAUCUAUCGGCGGACUAUCGAGCGGUUAUUGCAUGAGGCGGGGGUGGAGAAGGGGAAGGAGAUUAUCAAGGGGUCUAUGCAGGCUGUAGUCUUGGUUGUUAAGAAGCGAUCCUCGUAG